AUGAUGAUGAUGAUGAUGAUGAAAAAAAUGCAGCAUCAACGGCAGCAGCAAGCGGACCACGCGAACGAGGCAAACUAUGCAAGAGGCACCAGGUUCUCUCUUUCUGGUGAAGGACCAACUUCUCAGCCGAAUAGCUCCAAGCAAACUGUCCUGUCUUGGCAGGCUGCAAUCGAGGCUGCGAGACAGGCCAAGGCUGCCCAAACUAUGAGCACCUCCGCACCCCCACCUGUAGGAUCUCUCUCCCAAAGAAAACGUCAGCAAUACACCAAGAGCAAAAAACAGGGUAACUCGUCUAACAGCCGGCCUGCCCGUGCCCUCUUCUGUUUAUCACUCAAUAACCCCAUCCGAAGAGCCUGCAUUAGUAUAGUGGAAUGGAAACCAUUUGACAUAUUUAUAUUAUUGGCUAUUUUUGCCAAUUGUGUGGCCUUAGCUAUUUACAUCCCAUUCCCUGAAGAUGAUUCGAAUUCAACAAAUCAUAACUUGGAAAAAGUAGAAUAUGCCUUCCUGAUUAUUUUUACAGUCGAGACAUUUUUGAAGAUUAUAGCUUAUGGAUUAUUGCUACAUCCUAAUGCUUAUGUUAGGAAUGGAUGGAAUUUACUGGAUUUUGUUAUAGUAAUAGUAGGGUUGUUUAGUGUAAUUUUGGAACAAUUAACCAAAGAAACAGAAGGCGGUAACCACUCUGGUGGCAAAUCAGGAGGCUUUGAUGUCAAAGCCCUCCGCGCCUUUCGAGUGUUACGGCCGCUUCGACUAGUAUCAGGAGUGCCCAGUUUACAAGUUGUCCUGAACUCCAUUAUAAAAGCCAUGGUUCCCCUCCUCCACAUAGCCCUUUUGGUAUUAUUUGUAAUCAUAAUCUAUGCUAUUAUAGGAUUGGAACUUUUUAUUGGAAAAAUGCACAAAACAUGUUUUUUUGCUGACUCAGAUAUCGUAGCUGAAGAGGACCCAGCGCCAUGUGCGUUCUCAGGGAAUGGGCGCCAGUGUAUCGUUAACGGCACGGAGUGUAGGAGUGGCUGGGUUGGCCCCAACGGAGGCAUCACCAACUUCGAUAACUUUGCCUUUGCUAUGCUCACCGUGUUCCAGUGCAUCACCAUGGAGGGCUGGACAGACGUGCUCUACUGGGUAAAUGAUGCGAUAGGAUGGGAAUGGCCAUGGGUGUAUUUUGUUAGUCUGAUAAUCCUUGGCUCAUUUUUCGUCCUUAACCUGGUUCUUGGUGUCCUUAGUGGAGAAUUCUCAAAAGAAAGGGAGAAGGCGAAAGCCCGGGGCGAUUUCCAGAAACUGCGGGAGAAGCAGCAGCUGGAAGAGGACCUGAAGGGCUACUUGGACUGGAUCACCCAGGCGGAAGACAUUGAUCCAGAGAAUGAGGAGGAAGGAGGAGAGGAAAGCAAACGAAAUACCAGCAUGCCAACCAGCGAGACGGAAUCUGUGAACACGGAGAACGUAAGUGGCGAAGGCGAGAACCAAGGCUGCUGGGGAACUCUCUGGUGCUGGUGGAAGAGAAGCGGCGCGGCCCAGGCCGGGCCCUCUGGGUGCCGGCGGUGGGGUCAAGCCAUCUCAAAAUCCAAGCUCAGCCGCCGCUGGCGUCGCUGGAACCGAUUCAGUCGCAGAAGAUGUAGGGCCGCCGUGAAGUCUGUCACGUUUUACUGGCUGGUUAUUGUCCUGGUGUUUCUCAACACCUUAACCAUUUCCUCCGAGCACUACAACCAGCCUGACUGGCUGACGCAGGUCCAAGAUAUCGCGAACAAAGUCCUCCUGGCUCUGUUCACCUGUGAGAUGCUGGUGAAGAUGUACAGCCUGGGUCUCCAGGCGUAUUUCGUCUCCCUCUUUAAUCGCUUUGAUUGCUUCGUGGUGUGUGGGGGCAUUACGGAGACCAUCUUGGUGGAGCUGGAAAUCAUGUCUCCCCUGGGCAUCUCUGUGUUCCGCUGUGUGCGCCUCUUACGGAUUUUCAAAGUGACCAGGCACUGGACAUCCCUGAGCAACUUGGUGGCGUCCCUGUUAAACUCCAUGAAGUCCAUCGCUUCGCUGUUGCUCCUGCUCUUCCUCUUCAUCAUCAUCUUCUCCUUGCUCGGGAUGCAGCUGUUUGGAGGCAAGUUUAAUUUCGACGAGUCGCAGACCAAGCGGAGCACCUUUGACAAUUUCCCCCAGGCGCUUCUCACGGUGUUCCAGAUUCUGACAGGUGAAGACUGGAACGCUGUGAUGUAUGACGGCAUCAUGGCGUACGGGGGCCCGUCAUCUUCGGGGAUGAUCGUCUGCAUCUACUUCAUCAUCCUCUUCAUUUGUGGGAACUAUAUUCUACUGAAUGUCUUCUUGGCCAUCGCUGUAGACAAUUUGGCUGAUGCUGAAAGUUUGAAUACUGCUCAGAAAGAGGAAGCUGAAGAAAAGGAAAGGAAAAAGAUCGCCAGAAAAGAAAGCCUGGAAAAUAAAAAGAACCACAAACCGGAAGUCAAUCAGAUAGCCAACAGUGACAACAAGGUCACAAUUGAUCAGUACCAAGAAGAGGAUGAGGACAAGGACCCCUACCCACCCUGCGAUGUGCCAGUAGGGGAAGAAGAAGAGGAGGAGGAGGAGGAGGAUGAACCUGAGGUCCCGGCUGGCCCCCGUCCUCGCAGAAUCUCGGAGUUGAACAUGAAAGAGAAAAUCGUCCCCAUUCCUGAAGGGAGCGCUUUCUUCAUUCUUAGCAAGACCAACCCCAUCCGCGUGGGCUGCCACAAGCUCAUCAACCACCACGUCUUCACCAACCUCAUCCUCGUCUUCAUCAUGCUGAGCAGCGCGUCCCUGGCCGCCGAGGACCCCAUCCGCAGCCACUCCUUCAGGAACACUAUACUGGGUUACUUUGACUAUGCUUUCACAGCCAUCUUUACUGUUGAAAUCCUGUUAAAGAUGACGACCUUUGGAGCUUUCCUCCACAAAGGGGCCUUCUGCCGGAACUACUUCAACUUGCUGGACAUGCUGGUCGUCGGGGUGUCGCUGGUGUCCUUUGGGAUCCAAUCCAGUGCCAUCUCCGUUGUGAAGAUUCUCAGGGUCUUACGGGUCCUGAGGCCGCUCAGGGCCAUCAACAGAGCAAAAGGACUUAAGCACGUCGUUCAGUGCGUUUUUGUGGCCAUCCGGACGAUCGGCAACAUCAUGAUCGUCACCACCCUUCUGCAGUUCAUGUUUGCCUGCAUCGGGGUCCAGUUGUUCAAGGGAAAGUUCUAUCGCUGCACAGAUGAAGCCAAAAGUAACCCCGAGGAAUGCAGGGGGCUUUUCAUCCUCUACAAGGAUGGCGAGGUUGAUAACCCUGUGGUCCGUGAGAGGAUCUGGCAAAACAGCGAUUUCAAUUUUGACAAUGUCCUUUCUGCUAUGAUGGCGCUGUUCACGGUCUCCACAUUCGAGGGCUGGCCUGAGUUGCUGUACAAAGCCAUUGACUCGAACGGAGAGAACGUGGGCCCGAUCUACAACUACCGCGUAGAGAUCUCCAUCUUCUUCAUUAUCUACAUCAUCAUCGUCGCUUUCUUCAUGAUGAACAUCUUCGUGGGUUUCGUCAUUGUCACGUUCCAGGAGCAGGGAGAAAAAGAGUAUAAGAACUGUGAGCUGGACAAAAAUCAGCGUCAGUGUGUUGAAUACGCCUUGAAAGCACGCCCCGUGCGGAGAUACAUCCCCAAAAACCCCUACCAGUACAAGUUCUGGUACGUGGUGAACUCCUCGCCUUUCGAAUACAUGAUGUUUGUCCUCAUCAUGCUCAACACACUCUGCUUGGCCAUGCAGCACUAUGAGCAGUCCAAGAUGUUCAAUGACGCCAUGGACAUUUUGAACAUGGUCUUCACUGGGGUGUUCACUGUCGAGAUGGUUUUGAAGGUCAUUGCGUUUAAGCCCAAGGGGUAUUUUAGUGACGCCUGGAAUACGUUUGACUCCCUCAUCGUAAUCGGCAGCAUUAUAGACGUGGCCCUCAGCGAAGCCGACCCAACUGAAAGUGAAAAUAUCCCUGUCCCAACUGCUCCACCUGGGAACUCUGAAGAGAGCAAUAGAAUCUCCAUCACCUUUUUCCGUCUUUUCCGAGUGAUGCGAUUGGUGAAGCUUCUCAGCAGGGGGGAAGGCAUCCGGACGCUGCUGUGGACCUUCAUUAAGUCCUUUCAGGCGCUCCCGUAUGUCGCCCUGCUCAUAGCUAUGCUGUUCUUCAUCUACGCGGUCAUCGGCAUGCAGAUGUUUGGGAAAGUUGCCAUGAGAGACAACAACCAGAUCAACAGGAACAACAAUUUCCAGACCUUUCCCCAGGCGGUGCUGCUGCUGUUCAGGUGUGCGACCGGCGAGGCCUGGCAGGAGAUCAUGCUGGCCUGCCUCCCGGGGAAGCUCUGUGACCCCGAGUCGGAUUACAACCCCGGGGAGGAGUACUCGUGUGGGAGCAACUUCGCCAUCGUGUACUUCAUCAGCUUUUACAUGCUCUGUGCGUUUCUGAUCAUCAACCUGUUUGUGGCCGUCAUCAUGGAUAAUUUUGAUUAUCUGACCCGGGACUGGUCUAUUCUGGGACCUCACCAUUUAGACGAAUUCAAAAGAAUAUGGUCAGAAUACGACCCCGAGGCCAAGGGGAGGAUCAAGCACCUGGACGUGGUCACCCUGCUCCGCCGCAUCCAGCCGCCCCUGGGGUUCGGGAAGCUGUGCCCACACAGAGUAGCCUGUAAGAGACUAGUUGCCAUGAACAUGCCUCUCAACAGUGAUGGGACAGUCAUGUUUAAUGCAACCCUGUUUGCUUUGGUUCGAACAGCUCUUAAAAUCAAGACGGAAGGGAACCUGGAACAAGCUAAUGAAGAGCUCCGAGCUGUGAUAAAGAAAAUCUGGAAGAAAACCAGCAUGAAGCUACUUGACCAAGUUGUCCCUCCAGCUGGUGAUGAUGAGGUAACCGUGGGGAAGUUCUAUGCCACUUUCCUGAUACAGGACUACUUUAGGAAAUUCAAGAAACGGAAAGAACAAGGACUGGUGGGGAAGUACCCUGCGAAGAACACCACAAUUGCCCUACAGGCGGGGUUAAGGACACUGCACGACAUCGGGCCAGAGAUCCGGCGGGCUAUAUCGUGUGAUCUGCAAGAUGAUGAGCCCGAGGAAACGAAAGGAGAAGAAGAAGAUGUAGUCAAAAGAAAUGGUGCCCUGCUUGGAAACCAUGUCAAUCAUGUUAAUAGUGAUAGGAGGGAUUCCCUUCAGCAGACCAAUACCACCCACCGUCCCCUGCAUGUCCAAAGGCCUUCAGUUCCACCUGCAAGUGAUACUGAGAAACCGCUGUUUCCUCCAGCAGGAAAUUCGGUGUGUCAUAACCAUCAUAACCAUAAUUCCAUAGGAAAGCAAGUUCCCAGCUCAACAAAUGCCAAUCUCAAUAAUGCCAAUAUGUCCAAAGCUGCCCCCGGAAAGCAGCCCAGCAUUGGGAGCCUUGAGCAUGUGUCUGAAAACGGGCAUGAUUCCUCCCACAAGCAUGACCAUGAGCCUCAAAGAAGGUCCAGUCGGAAAAGAGCCCGCUAUUACGAAACUUACAUUAGGUCCGACUCAGGAGAUGAGCAGUUCCCCACUAUUUGCCGGGAAGACCCAGAGAUCCAGGGCUACUUCAGGGACCCCCGCUGCUUGGGGGAGCCCGAGUACUUCAGCGGUGAGGAGGACUACGAGGAGGACAGCUCACCCGCCUCCAGCAGGCAAAACUACAGCUACUACAGCCGACACCCAGGCAGCAGCGUGGAUUUCGAGCGGCCCCGAGGCUACCACCACCCCCAAGGCUUCUUGGAAGACGACGACUCGCCCAUUUGCUAUGAUUCCCACCGAUCUCCGAGGAGACGCCUACUACCUCUCACCCCAACAUCGCAUCGGAGAUCCUCCUUCAACUUCGAGUGCCUGCGCCGGCAGAGCAGCCAGGAGGAGGUCCCGCCGUCCCCCACCUUCCCCCACCGCACGGCCCUGCCUCUGCACCUGAUGCAGCAACAGGUCAUGGCAGUCGCAGGCCUAGAUUCAAGCAGAGCCCAGAAGUACUCGCCGAGCCACUCGACCCGGUCGUGGGCGACCCCUCCAGCGACCCCUCCGUAUCGGGACUGGGCGCCGUGCUACACCCCCCUGAUCCAGGUGGAGCCCUCGGAGGCCCUGGACCAGGUCAACGGCAGCCUGCCCUCCCUGCACCGCAGCUCCUGGUACACGGACGAGCCCGGAAUCUCCUACCGCACUUUCACACCAGCCAGCCUGACUGUCCCCAGCAGCUUCCACAGCAAAAACAGCGACAAGCAGAGGAGCGCGGACAGCUUGGUGGAGGCAGUCCUGAUAUCCGAAGGCUUAGGACGGUAUGCGAGGGACCCAAAAUUUGUGUCGGCGACAAAACACGAGAUUGCCGAUGCCUGUGACCUAACCAUCGACGAGAUGGAGAGUGCAGCCAGCCACCUGCUUAAUGGGACCGUGCACCCCCGGGCUAACGGGGACGUGAGCCCCGACUCGAGCCGGCAGGACUACGAGCUCCAGGACUUCGGGCCAGGUUACAGCGACGAAGAGCCAGACCUGGGGAGGGAGGAGGAGGACCUCGCGGAUGAAAUGAUAUGCAUCACCACCCUGUAG